GGAGGAGCGGGGUGGCCGGGGCCUGGGAGGAGCGGGCAGCCAGGCGUCUUCAGGAGUCCUCGGCAGAGGGAGGUUCGAGAUGUCCAGCAAGGUGGCAAUCGGCAGUGACAUUGGACAGGCCCGCCGGGCGGUGGAGCAGCUGCGGAUGGAGGCGGGCAUCGACCGCGUGAAGGUGUCCAAAGCAGCUCGCGACCUGCUGCAGUUCUGCACGGAGCAGGCCAAAAGUGACCCCUUCCUGGUGGGCAUCCCGGCUGCCACCAACCCCUUCAAGGAGAAGAAGCCCUGUGCCAUUCUCUGA